UCGCUUCAUUCACUCUGCGCGGUCUGUGCAUAUUCAUACAUUCACAAUAUGUCCGGAGAUAAUAUUACAGUGGCAUCUAAUGUGCUCGGCACUAUCGGCACAGUUCUCUGGUGUAUCCAGCUGAUUCCGCAAAUAUGGUAUAACUGGCGACGCAAGACGACCGAUGGGUUUCCGGCAGUCAUGAUGCUUUUAUGGGCUAGUUGUUCUGUUCCGAUGGGAGCUUAUUUGAUACUACAGGAAGUCAGCAUACCGCUACAGAUCCAGCCGCAGAUGUUUGGAUUCUUCUCUCUUGUCAACUGGGGUCAAAUAUUGUAUUACAAUCACAACUAUAGCCGAUUAAAGGCCACGAUUGUCUGUUCUGGUUGUGUUUUGUUGUUUGGGGGGAUUGAAGCUCUUCUGAUUCUGACAUUACGGAUACCCUACGAGAACGGAGUUAUGUGGCCAGAUUUAGUGGUGUGCCACCCAGGCUGCGUCGGAAGAUCUGGAGAAUCGAACCUCGCUGAUGAGCCAAUAGCUGCACAAGGAAAAUUUGAUAUACUGGCUGGAAUACUUUAUAUCCUUGUUGUUGUUCUGGAGUUGGGCAUCUAUGCAAGCCACAUAACAUGGCGGAUCCGCUAUCGCAAACUUCGCCGAGAGGCCAAGAUGGCCGGUAAAAGCAUCGAUGACCUGCUAAGGAUGCAGCAAACCCCCACGCCCGCCACACGGGACCUCGAGUCGGGGGUACUCGAAGACUCUGGGAAAACCCUGCCUCAGGAACCCAGGGAGCACCAGCCACAGUCCACAUUGGCCGUGGAAGGGGAAAUGACGAGUGAGAAAUGUUGA